ACAGUCGAUCAGCUUCUACUCAAAAAAAAACCAAAACUGUACAAUUGUCCUGUUCGUAGCCAGAGCUUCAUCGGUGGAACUUCGGAAGUGAAGAAUUAGAGAAUCACCACAGGACCAUUUCUAUGUCAAGAGUCUCUCCAUAUACAUUCGUAACCACAGUUCCCACCGUUCAAUUCAUUUCUAAUAUUUGCCUAAGACGAGAGACGGUACAAUUGGUGCAUCGAUACCGACAUCCUCACAUCCUCCGCUCCCCCCACCCCCAACCCUCCAUCAUGAUCACCAGAUUCCUCACCGACGUCUCCGCGUCCUUCAACCCCUUCUCCCCCCGCGCCAAGACCGUCCGCAGCUUCCUCGCCCUCCUCCCGGCGAACGCGCGCCAGACUAUGAAGGUGAAUGUGAAGGUGCUGCCGCGGACCAGCGCCGAGGACGGGUCGUUGUCGUUACAAUUUAAGGAUGGGAAGCAGCUAGAGGUGGACCUGCAGCGGUUGAAGAUCAAGGAGGUCAUGGAGGAGGUGGAUCGACAUUCACGGAAACUGGGACGGCAGGCGGAAUUAUCGGAUGGGUAGACGGAGGAGGCGGGUGGUAUGAUAUAUGUAUUUGGGGAGGGUUCUAGCGUCCCAGCGCACCACGGUGGUACAAACUGUAAUCUAUACUUUUGGUCAUUCGGUCCAGACCGUUAUAUAUCCCCUCAUCCCUCCAAAAUUCAAUAUCCACGGUUCAUCCUACCUUAUGCGAUGAGGCAUAUGGGGCUG